GAAUAUCAUUCAGGUUCGGGGUCUAGACACUGGUGGUGGUGGAGGCAUGAAGGGAUUGAUGGAGAUCGGUCUGAAGAGGAGUGGUUUAAGCCGGACCCUGGAUUUGGAAGAGAGGGAGGCGGAAGGGGUGGAGGAGGGCUGCGUUGAGUCACCUGUAAUGACAACUCUCCAGUCGGACCAGGACCAGGGAAAUGGGUUGGUGAAGUACGUGCUGUCGGGCGAGGGGGCGGGCACUAUCUUUGUCAUCGAUGAGAACAACGGGGACCUACACGCCACACGCCGCCUGGAUCGCGAGGAGAAGGGUUUCUACAUCCUCAGAGCCACCGUGGUGAACAAAGGGACUGGACUGAAGCUGGAGCCGGAGACCGAGUUCACCGUCAAACUGCACGACAUCAACGACAACGAGCCUCACUUCAGCAAGGAGCUUUACACCGGCAGCGUGCCGGAGAGGUCCGAUAUCGGGACAUCAGUCAUCCAGGUGACAGCUACAGAUGCUGAUGACAGUAUGUAUGGGAGCAGCGCCAGGCUGGUGUACAGCAUCAGCCAGGGACACCCCUACUUCUCUGUGGACCCUACCACAGGUGUGAUCCGGACGGCUUUGGGUCCUGGUGACAUGGACCGCGAGCAGAGGGAGCAUUACCAGGUGGUGAUCGAGGCUAAGGACAUGGCCGGACAGAGGGGGGGUCUCACUGGGACCACCGCGGUUAACAUCACCCUCACUGAUGUCAACGACAACCCUCCCCGCUUCACUCAGA